AAACCAGAGAAAGCAAGCUCCGCAUGCAUGAGCGAGCGAGACAUGAGUGCGAGAAGGAGCGAGGGGAACAAACGGUUCAAGCUCCUCCUUGUGUCAAUGUCAGUUGGGUACAAAUUGUACACAGUUUAGUAGUCCGUGUGAAUAGGCCUGGGGCACACCAGCUCGCGCCAGUGUCAGCGCAUUGUCGGUGCGCGCGUACGCUUCGGAUACGCACAUUGAGCAUCGUGAGGCCUCGUGAUCUAGGUUAGGUUUUCCUCGGGGCAGUGUGUGGCGACCGUUCUUGCUCCUCCGUCGACCGCAACCCGUCCACCACGCGAGUGCUUUUCCCCCCUGCGACGGCGGAGUGUGUUGCAACUGCGACGAAGUGUGAGCCCGGGAGGUGAUUGCAGCGGCCAGCCGUCAGCGAAUCAUCUCAGCGAAUUCGAGCAGUGUUUUGAUCCUGCAUCCAGCAGGUAGUUGCAGUGAAGUGAUUGUGUGAGUGUUUGUAAGUGUCUGUGUGUGUGUGCUUGUGUGUGUGUGUGCCGUCUGUACGAUGCUAUGAUCCAGUGCGAUCCAUCGCAUCGACUCAUCUGCCGUCGCUCGAUCGUCCAGCAAUUGCGAUGAGUCGACCGGUUCCGGUCCUGCUGCAUCGAUACGACGACGACGUAGGUGACGACAACGGGGACCGGGACGACUUCGGUGUGCAUCCGAAGCACGCAGCAGCAGCAGCAGCGUACCAGCACCAUCCGGCACGGUACGGCACGACGCAGUGGGAAGCAGAAGGCUUCGCUGACGGCCAUUGUUGGGACGGUAGCGAGCAGCGACGGCCACCGAGCGCACGCAGCGGCCCGCCGGUGGCGAUCUAGUGGUGGAGGAAGAAAUGAAAGAUGGCGCACAUGGCGGCAAUGCAGGCGGGCGGCGGCAGUUCGGUCGCGGCGGCCGCUCGUGCCGAUAGUACACACAUCAGCGGCGGUCGGUACGAUUUCGAAGACGGUGGAACAUUCUGUGGAGGGUGGGAGGAUAACAAGGCCCACGGCCACGGAGUUUGUACGGGUCCAAAGAACAAAGGUGCUUAUUCCGGAGCAUGGCAUUACGGUUUCGAGGUGGCGGGGAUAUAUUGCUGGCCAAGUGGCUCCACAUACGAGGGCCAUUGGCAAAAUGGUAAAAGACAUGGGUUGGGUUUGGAGGUUAGGGGCAGAUGGGUGUACAGAGGCGAAUGGACGCAAGGUUUCAAGGGCCGGUACGGCGUGCGGCAAAGCGCCUCGUCGACGGCCCGGUACGAGGGCACGUGGGCCAACGGGCUGCAGGAUGGCUACGGCUCGGAAACGUACGCCGACGGAGGCAGCUACCAGGGCCAGUGGCAGCGGGGCAUGCGGCACGGGUACGGUGUGCGCACGUCCGCCCCGUUCGGCAUGGCCGCCCGGUUUCGGCCCAAAUCCGUGCGCUUAUCGAUGACCUCGCUGCGCAGUGCGGACGGUGGCAACCAGGCCCCGACGCCCGAUCCGGGCGAAAAGCGCAACCAUCGGAUCGACGAUGCGCGCGGCGGCUUCGUGCUGAAGGCGAAAUCGGACGAGACGCCGGUCCGCCGCAACAGUUUGGUGGAGAAAACAAAGAAAGGACUUUUAUCGGUAAGUGUGCUGCGUUCGUUCGAUCUGCAUCUUUUAAAUGGGACAAUGCACACGGAUUCCAAUGCAAGCUUUAUCGUAGAGGACGAACAGCUGGAAGCGAGCGUGGUGGAGACGUACAUGGGCGAGUGGAAGAAUGAUAAGCGAUGUGGAUAUGGUAUUUCCGAGCGGAGCGAUGGAUUAAAGUACGAGGGCGAGUGGUAUGCGAAUAAGAAGUACGGUUACGGUGUGACUACAUUUAAGGACGGCACGAAGGAGGAGGGCAAAUACAAGAACAACGUGCUGAUCACGAGCCAGAAGAAGCGGCACCUGUUCCUGAUCCGCUCCGCCAAGUUCCGGGAGCGGAUAGACGCGGCGGUCGACUCCGCCCAGCGCUCCUCCAAGUACGCGCUGCAGAAGGCGGACAUUGCGAUAUCGCGCACGGCGACCGCGCGCGGCAAGGCGGAGCUGGCCGAUUCGGCCGCGGACGAGGCGCGCACCGAAUCCGACCUGGCGACGCGGCUCGCCCGCGAGCUGGCGCCCGACUUUAAUCCGUCCCUGCUGGAGCGCUUCGACCGGUUGCAGCGCAACCGGGGCUACCCACUGCCGGACAGUAUGAACCGGGGUGGCCAGGACGAGUACGGCGCGAUGCAUCGUCAGCAGCAGCAGCAGCAGCAGCAGCACAGCCAGUUCGCCAGCAAGAAGGAGCAGGAGCUGGCGAACAUGAAGAACGCCCUGAACAGCCCGUUCGGGAUGGGUGGGCCGGCGAACCAGCAGCAGCAGCAGCAGCAGCAGCAGCGCCUGUCCGCCUACUACGACCAGAAAGGACCAAACGCAGGCUCGAUGGGUGGUGGUGGACCAAAUGGACCGCUCGGUGGCACCGCGGGCAUCCAGCAUUCGUCGCUGGGCGGUGUGCACUACUCGCACGACCUGUCCGGCCAGAGCGUCGGCUCGCGGUUGAUGGGUGACGACGGGCUGCAGUCAAUGUACGGCAAACCAUCGUCGUCGUCGGCGGCGGCGGCCGCAGCCCAACAGUACGGUGCUUCCGCAGCCUACUACGGCGGGGCGAACAAGCAGCCCGCGGGCAUGAUGGCGAACGCGUCCAAGUUUUCCUACGACCAGAGCUUACCGCCGCGGGACGAUCCGAUGCUGGGCGGCGGUGCCGGUAGUGCGGCCACCCCCAGACGAACGUCCCUGUACGGCGAGCCGAGCAAGCAGAUGAACUCCCGGCCGGCGCCGUCGCUCGGUGCGAUCGGCAGCCAGUCGUCGAUAGACUACUUCGACCACUACAAGCGGCCGCCGAGCAGGGACGGGUCGGUCGAUCGGUACACGCGCGCCGCCAGCAAGCUGGGCGGGGGGCUUGGCUCGCGCCAACCCUCGGUCGAGAAGACGGGCCCGGCGUACGCGAGUGGGGCCGGGUUCGACGCUGCCGACGCGGCCGACCGGGUCAGCAGUAUGCGGCGCGGCUCGCAGCUCGGCUCGCCGCCCAACGGCUCCAUCCCGUCGGCAGUGUCCAAUGGCAGUGUGCGGCCGGGCUCGCGGGCAACCACACCGCUGCACCAGCUGCACACCGCGGACAGCCUGGGCCAGCAGCAGCAGCAGCAGCAGCAGUCGCAGCAACCGUUCGAGGAUGUGCUGCUGCGGCAGCGAACCCUCGGCCAGGACAUUAUUCCGUCGCUGACGCAGCCCAAGCGCACCGAAAGCCUCUACCUGUCGAAACCGGCCAUCAACAGCGUUCCGAUGGGUGGCGGUGGCUUCGGCGGUGGUGGCGGUGGUGGUGGUGGAGGCGGUGGAGGUGGCAUGAGAUCGAGAGGUGGUGGUGGUGGUGGCGGCGGCGGCGGUGGCAACGGUAUGGCAGCGUUUAGUAGGGAGCCCAAGAUGGCGCAUAUGUAUGUGGCCACGCUGUAG